AUGGUGUCCCUCAAAAGCCUAACCCUCGCACUGGCCCUCGCCGUCCCCAUGGUGAGCGCUAUGCCCGCGGAAGAUCACCAUCAUUCCAAGCACCAAGGUCACCAAUCCAGUAUGAGCCACCACUCCAGUACGAGCCACCACACCAGCCACCAUAGCAGCCUUCAUAGCAGCCUUCAUAGUGGCCACGACGAUAGCAACACUAGCAAAUUUGGGAGCAAGCUUACACAUUCCAGCCACUCCACAAAGAAACCGUCAAUCACGACCUCGAGCGGCUACUUCAGCGUGUCCAUACGCCCAUCCCUUGAUGACAUUGUGAGCCUUCCCCUUACCACAUCGCACGGCCUUGGGGCUACGCCCACAAUCCAGACCGAAGGUGUCGAGGAAACCCCAGAGCCUGCUUCUCGAGAACUUGAAUCUCCUAUCAUAAUUCCAACCGGAGUUUCCAUCAAGAAAGGAGGUAGCGCGGUGGAUGUCCGCCGCGGUUCGCCCAUCAGUCCUCCAAAUUCCGGCUGGAACAGCGGCUCCUCCAGCAGCGGCGUCAGUGGGCGUGAAUACACAAAUGGCGGCAUCAGAAUUGCCGAUACUACCAAAGAAACUCACGAUGAUGUCAUCUAUCCACUCGGAGGCGGCUUGUUCCACCCGUCGUGGCCGUCGAAGGCAAAUAGCAUGUCGGCAAACGUGGUGCCAGCAACAGCAGUGAUGCUGCUGCUCGUGUACGCAUUAUUUUAA